AUGACAUGCAACACUGACUUUCUUUCACUUCAACAAAUACAAGUGUCGGGAAUGGCGGACGCACCGUCGACAGCUCCUAAGGCGAAAGCGCCUAAAUCAAAGGCUCCAAAGGAGAAGGCCGCUAAGGCUGCUCCCGCGGCACCUGCUGAGCCACCAAAGGCGGUGCGCAAAGUAAACCCUAAACCGCGCCACGGCAGGCUUUAUGCCAAAGCUGUUUUCACAGGAUAUAAACGUGGUCUUCGUAACCAACAUGAAAACACAGCUCUUUUAAAGGUAGAGGGUGCUCGUAGCCGUGAGGAUGCCAUCUUCUAUGCGGGCAAAAAAUGUGUCUUUGUGUACAGAGCGAAGAAAAGGACCCCCAUAGCUGGUGGGCCCCGAGGCAAGAAGACAAAGCUGCGUGCCAUCUGGGGCAAGGUGACCAGGCCGCACGGCAACUCGGGUGGGGUCAGGGCUCGCUUCAAGAAUAAUCUGCCCGCACACGCCAUGGGACACAGGAUACGCGUCAUGUUGUACCCGUCCAGGAUC